AGGCAAAUCUAAGAAAGGUGGAGACUUCGGGAUAACUUCCUGCACAGUACUCUCAAGAAUUAUACCUCACACUUAAACAGCAGGCCGACGUCAAAACCAAGUCGGAUGGAUUAGUAACGCAAAUAAACUCGCUAACAAGCACUUCAUCAACACGUUUCCUCGCACAAGUAGGAUUUACCGCUAGCAUCCAGCCUGCUAGCUAACAUCAGCUACCAGGACGGCAGAUUGUACACAUCAGAUCAAGACGGUCUCGUAUCGAAGGACAGUAUGGUUGAGGUGGUGGUGGAGUUUGAGUAUGAAGCUGUCCACGAAGAUGAGUUGACCCUCAAACUUGGAGAUGUGAUCAGAAACGUGCGACGGAUUGAUGAGGAGGGAUGGAUGGAGGGAGACCUCAACGGGAAACGAGGUCUUUUCCCAGACAACUUUGUAAAGGAGGUGAAAAAAGAUGAGCCAAAGUCCAAAGAGGAGCCAAAGGAGGCUAAAGAAGUGAAGGAGGUGAAAGAUGAGUCUCCGAUACAGCGGCGGCCAUCAGGGAAUGUGGCGAGCCUGGUGCAGAGGAUCAGUACCUACGGAAUCCCGGCAGGAGGAAUUGGCUUACAACCCCGUUCUCAGCCCCGUGCCUCAAAAAAGAAGACCAAGAAGCGUCAGUGCAAAGUCCUGUUCGAAUAUGUGCCUCAGAAUGAAGACGAGCUGGAACUGAAGGUUGGAGAUAUCAUUGACAUCACUGAGGAGAUAAGUGGUUCUCCAACGAUGGUUUGUGGCCCAAAAAGUCACAAGUCUGUUUGCAGACAUGAAGGAAAACAGGUUGAGGACGGCUGGUGGAGCGGAAGCAUGAAUGGGAAGUCUGGGCUCUUUCCUUCCAAUUUCGUCAAAGAAAUAGAAUCAGCUGAAGAGACAGAGACCAGCGACGUAACAGAUGAGCCAGAUAACAGAGAUGGAGCGUCUAGCCCCACAUCACCUCACCAAGGCAAUGGAGUCAUGGCCCAACCGAAGAAGAUCAAGGGCAUCGGCUUUGGUGACAUAUUCAGAGAGGGCUCUGUAAAACUCAGACUCUCUCAAAGAUUACCAUCUGACAAUGAGGAAAAGAAAGAAAAACCAAUUCCAUCAUUACCAUCAGCCACAAAACCCACCCCUCUGAGCACUCCUGAACCCCCUAAAGGAGAAAAAGAGGCAGAGAGCAAAAGAAAAGUAAAAGAAUAUUGCAAGGCCAUAUUCCCCUUUGAAUCAACUAACCAAGAUGAGCUGGAUUUAAAGGAGGGUGACAUCAUCCACAUACUGAGCAAGGACACAGGAGAGCCAGGCUGGUGGAGAGGAGAGAUCAAUGGCAAGGAGGGAGUUUUCCCAGACAACUUUGUAGCACUGCUUCCUGAGACAGACAAAGAGACACUCACAUCCAAAGGCUCUGUUAAAGCGUCUCCUAAACAGGAAUUAGAGGAGAAGCCAAAGAAGCCCCCACCACCAUCCAAAACCCCAGUCCUGAAACCAGAGGCCCCCAGUGCGGACAAGAAGCAACCGCAGCCACGGCCUGAAGAUAAAGUUGUCAAGCCCUUGCCAGAGAAACCCGCCAAACCUGCUGGCCCCAUCGUGCCCCCGAAAAAACCUGUGCCUCCAAACAAGGGACUGCUGCGUCCUUCCAUCCACACAAAACGACCUGACUUGCCUCUCACUCCAUCACCAGCCGCCAAGCAAGUGCAAAAUGGAGAAGUUCCCAUUAUACGAACAAAACCAGAGAGCGAACCUGUACCUAUUAAGCCAAAAACCAUUGUGGACAGCGGUGAGAAGAAUUCAGAUAUGGUUAAUCUUAUGAGUUUUGACGAUGUCUCCUCGGCCUCGGAGAAGUUAACCCACCCUACCACACAGCGACCAAAGAUGCCUGGCAAAAGACUGCCUGGACACAGAGGCCACUCCCCGAGCAAGGAGACUGGCGAGAAAGCUGAGAAAAUCGAGAAAGUGGAUGAAGUUGAUGUUGCACCUUCCACACAAAAUUCGUUUAAGACGUCUGUCUCAUCACACUUACCAUCUACAAUACCUAAAACCAUUUCAGCAACCCAUAUCACCCCUGAGCUCAAACCAAAACUUGACAAGGAAGAGGAGAAAGGAUCUGAACUGGAGGAACUGAAGGCUCAGAUCAAGGAGCUAGUGCUGUCUAUAGAGUUACUGAAGACACAGCAGUCGAGAGAGCUCAAUGAACUCCGAAAAGAGCUGGAUGAUGAACGACUCAAACGGGUGGCCCUGCAGAUGGAGAUAGAAAAAGUAAAGAAGAUUGUACAAUCAACAUGAAAUAAAAUCUGGCGUCCUGAACUGGACUAAUGGCUCCGCUGUCGCAUCACGAGUGGAAAGUGACCUCCAGAUGGAAGGAUGGAUAUCGUUCACAUCACACUCACUGACUCACUCACAAAUUGUAAGAUUCAAAUAUUUGCACAUGAUGAGGUUUUUUCUAGGUUUAGAAAAUUGUAAUUAUGACAGAUGUAUAUGUUUGGUUUCCUCUUCUUUUUUUUUUUUGCCAACAAAAAUGAUUAAGGCCUUACUUUACUACUGUGCUGGAUAUGCAGUCUGUGCACUUAUUAAGUGCAGUGGAUUAUGCAUUCAAUACUACUGAGUCUGUAUAAAUGUUGGGGGAUUAUGCUGUUUCCUUGUUUUUUAUGACAUGGGUUAGUUUUAAAAAAAAGAUAUUAUGAUCUCAGCAAUAUUCUGUCUAUAUUAGCCUCUUUAGAUGAUUAUUAAAUGAAUGACAUACUCUUGUUUCCAUAGUGAUGAUGUAUUCUGAUGAUGUUGAAAAGGGAGAACAUUUCUUUUUGUUUUUCUUUUUGUUUUUUGUUUAACAUUCCUAUCCAGGGUAACACUAUUGUGCCUGUUAAGAUUUUUUACAAGUGUUAAUACUGGGAGCUCUCAUAUUAUAUAAAUAUAUAUGUGUAUACUUAGAUCUACAGCAUUAUAUAUUUUUAUGGUCUAUUGAUUGUGACAUCAUUAAAAUGUACUGUGUUUGUGAACACUUCCCCAGAAAAUAAAAACUGGCUUCGACAAGCAGUGCCAUUUCACCAUACGAUUGGCAAGAAAUCCAUUUCACAAUUUAAGCUGUGCGGAGUGCUGGUGGGUUUGUUCUGCAGUUAUGCCACCUUGAACGUACAAAACUGUAGUGUGCCCAUUCCUCAGGCCUCUUAACCCUUAAGCUGGAGAUCCAUUUUUAAAAGCAUUCCUGCCCAAGAAUUGUUUGUUUGUCUCUGUGUGAGAGUGGAGUUGCUGAUGCAGUAGGAUGACAGGUUGACCCCUAAAGCAAUAAAAAGACAUGUUUGGUUUCCAUUUUUAAAUGUCAGAGGAAUAUGUUCAUGUUCCUUUGCAGCAACUUUAAAGGAUCUCUCGUGAAAGUACAUUGGAAAUUAGUCAUCUCUGUUGUCUGAAAUUUGGUAGAAUAUAUUUCAUUUUAUUGUCUUAAGAUCUGUUGUGCACAUUCAGCAUCUAUCAGAAUGAUUUUGUUUACAUGAUUACAAAGUGAAUUGCAUGAGCUGAGAUUUCUUUUCCCCAAACUAAAUAAAUAUCAUGUUUAUUUACAGA